UGGCGUGGGGCGUGACGUGGCAGAGUGAGACGGAGGUCCAUUGACACGCGACACAGCAGCUGGCUAAGAGAGCUAGUGGAGGUUCUCUCGACACCGCUUUUUGAAAAUGGGAUUGACCAUCUCCAGCGUUUUUAGCCGUCUGUUCGGCAAGAAACAGAUGAGAAUCCUGAUGGUGGGCUUGGAUGCUGCGGGAAAGACAACCAUCCUCUACAAGCUGAAGCUUGGGGAAAUUGUUACAACAAUUCCUACAAUUGGCUUUAAUGUGGAGACCGUGGAAUACAAAAACAUUUGUUUCACAGUGUGGGAUGUGGGCGGUCAGGACAAAAUUCGGCCUUUGUGGAGGCACUACUUUCAGAAUACACAGGGACUUAUUUUUGUUGUGGACAGCAAUGACCGAGAAAGAACACAAGAGGCUGCCGAGGAACUGCAAAAAAUGCUUCAAGAAGACGAGCUGAGAGAUGCCGUAUUAUUGGUGUUUGCAAACAAACAAGACUUACCAAACGCUAUGGCUAUUAGUGAAAUGACAGACAAGUUAGGCCUUCAGACUUUGCGCAGCAGAACUUGGUACGUUCAAGCAACCUGCGCCACCCAGGGAACAGGCCUGUAUGAAGGGCUGGAUUGGCUGUCAAAUGAACUGUCUAAACACUAAGUGAAUUCAACUUUAGGAUUACCUCGUAUUUAAGCAGGGACGCUUAACUGGACUGGUUUAAGCUUGUUACAAGAGAUCACGUUUGAAAUGUCUCGGUUAUGGCAUUCGGAAAAGUUCAAAAGGGUGGCACCUGAAACAUUUUGUUUUUCAGCGUUCUGCUACCAGAGUGAACACAAGCUGUGCAUUACUUUUUUUGCAAUAGCCACUAUUUACCUGCAUUUUAAAAACAAAAAAAAGCCUUUUUUUUUCCCCAUUGAAUUUCUCCCUAGAUGUCAAUCUUUCUUUUGGAAUCUUAAUCCACGGAGUCUUUUCAUCCAUGGCAUGUUAACCCCGAGUGGUGCAGUCCAUCGGAUAAGCCUUGACAUUUCAUUCACAGCUACCCUAACCAGUUUUCUCCUCUGACCAAAGUUCGAUGUUUGACCCUGAGGGAACGCUCAUCCACUCGCCACUACUGUAUACACACUCGCCAAGCUGCCAUUGUAGUAAAGUCAGGAUUAUAAAAAGAGUUUUUGCUUGCCUUGAAGGAUAUCCUUUAGGGAUGAGGGGGCAGAGCGUGAAACUUUCUGAAACUCUCAAUGAGUUUUGUGUUUCAAGGCAGUAAAUUCACAAGUCUCAAAAUCAAGGCCUGGGCCUCUUCAUUUAUUAUUUUUUUUUUAAUAAUUCUUUUCACAUAUUUUCAAUUGGUGUCACUCCUUGCAAUCUCGGGCAUCAUUCCUGUUGGCUUAACAUGCAUCGUAAAUCUUAUACUGCAGCACAUUUGUAAAACUUGGCAAGCAGGUGCAUUUUAAUGAAUUAGGUGGGCCAAGUGGUGCUUUAUAAAAAGCCCACGUUUUGUUGUGUUUUUUUUUGUUCGCUUCAGUUGUCAGCAGGCUUCCUUUGUCAUCGGCUCCAUUUCAUUUGUUUUAUAUUGUAAGUUUCAUGUUGGCUCUGCUAAGCUGCCGAGUUCUCGUUUUUGUUGCAUAGAUUACUGAAUUUGAAAAAUGACGGGCAAUGUCUGCUGCCAAGCUGGAACAUUAACACCCCUUCUAAUUACACUGAAUAAAAGAUAUUUUAUAUA